AUGCCCUGGCUGCUUGCAUCGGUGGCAGGUGAACGUUCCUGGCGAUGCCACUCUUGCUCCCUCCGCUGCCGACCUCCUCCUUCUGCUCUGAAGCCGGAAAGCCUGCUCAUCGUUGGCGAUGUCGCGCUUUCCGCCGCCCCGCGUAGUGGGGAACUCCUCCUCGUCGGCUGCGUCACGCCUUCCGCCGCCCCCGCAGUGGGCGAUCCGUCGUCGUCGGCGUUUUCACGCCUUCCGCCGGCCCGCGCAGUGGGCGAUCCGUCGUCGUCGGCGUUUUCACACCUUCCGCCGCCCCGCGCAGUGGGCGAUCCGUCGUCGUCGGCGUUUUCACACCUUCCGCCGGCCCGCGCAGUGGGCGAUCCGUCGUCGUCGGCGUUUUCACGCCUUCCGCCGCCCCGCGCAGUGGGCGAUCCGUCGUCGUCGGCGUUUUCACGCCUUCCGCCGCCCCGCACAGUGGGCGAUCCGUCGUCGUCGGCGUUUUCACGCCUUCCGCCGCCCCGCGCAGUGGGCGAUCCGUCGUCGUCGGCGUUUUCACGCCUUCCGCCGCCCCGCGCAGUGGGCGAUCCGUCGUCGUCGGCGUUUUCGCGCCUUCCGCCGCCCCGCGCAGUGGGCAAUCCGUUGUCGUCGGCGUUGUCACGCCUUCCACCCGUCCCGCGUUGGCCUUCUGCCAGGUUCCACGGGUUGCUGAUCGUCGGCCGCCUCCACGGCUCUGACCUGACGCGCAGGUCCUCCCCGCUUUCUUCCCUUCGCACGUCCGUCGGCGUCACCGGAUCCGCGCGCUCAACAACCCCUCUGUAA